UUUAACUCGAGUCGAAUUAUUUCAGUGGGUCUCCUCUUAUAUAUGUAUGUAUAUAUGUAACCGAAAUUGAUAUUUCUUUCCAUAGUUUCGACGUAAAUACAUUCGCACACUUCGUGGAAAUCUUUAACCCUCAAUUGAACAUAACUUGUGACUACGAAAUUGAUGGGAGAAUUUUAUUGAUGACAAUUCAAGCAAAGGGCAAAUGCAAAAUGACGCUUUAUAACACAACGAUGACAGUUGAUGUAAAGUACGAAAAGUAUGAGAGACAUGGAGAAAGUUAUAUAAAGAUCAAGAAACUUGAUUUUCACAUCAAAGACACAGAUAUAAAAGUAUAUUUCGAAAAUCUCUUCGACAAGGAUCCCAGGUUAGGUGAAGAGAUGAAUAGAUUAUUGAACGAAAACUCCAAAACAAUCUUCAAAGAAAUUAAACCGGCUUUUGAAGAGGCUUUAAAACAGCUUAUCAUUGGACUCGGCAGUAAAAUUUAUUCCAACGUACCACUAAAUAAAAUCUUUCCACCCGAGUAAGCAAUGACUAACAUUGCCGUCACGAAAAGAUUAACAUUAAUUUAACAGCCAUAUGCGCAUAUAUAUGUGUCUAUACGUUCUUAUCGCUUAUAGUCGCUUUAUCCGAAUAAUUGAAGUUGCAUUCUGGUCACUACAAUAAUAUUUCGAUCUGUCAGCACCAAUAAUGAUCCCGAUCCUACCAAUUUUCGCACGAAACGAUUUCAAUUUCUUUUCUAUGUUCGGAAGAUCGAUUUGCACUUAGCUCCAAUUUCAAACGUUACGAACGUAAACUGUGCUUAUAAUUUUUGAAAAUUAUUAUUAAAAUUUCAGUUGACUUAACAAAAAUAUUAUAAAAGCAUAAUCUCAGUCUAAAAAUCAAUGUAGAGGAAAUAAAUUUGACAAAACAAACUAAAUUAAUGUUCUAAACAGAAAACGGUUCAUCAGGGAUUGAGAAUUAUUUAAUUUUGACAUAAAAUUUGUAUUCCUUGACAACAAAAACAUAAAAUUAGUGACUUUUUAAAUUCAACAAUAUAUUUUUAACGAAAAAGUGAGUUCUUUCUGACACAGUUGGGCGCGCGUGCCACUUAUGGCACGAAAAUUAGCACAUCCCACUGCGCGCGUGCUUUUUAAAUGAUCAAGCACUGAUGGGCUGAACCUUUAGACUUCUGGAUUGUGAGUCAAUCAUUUUAGAUAUUACAUCACUUUGUCAAUUUAUAUAAACGUCUUUCGUAUUGUCUAUACAGAAUGUCUGAAUCUUUUUCGUCAAGUACUAUAUAUAUGUAGAACUAGUUAAGCUGAAUAAGGAAGUCAUGCUCAAUUUUUCAAAAUUUGCUUAAAUUAAUGAGAAAUUUAUUAUUUUAUAUGAACUAAUGAACAUACAGGAAGCGAUAGGCCAAAUAUGUAUAUCGUGUCUCAUUUAUAUGAAGAGAAGUAUACCGGGUUACUGCUGGUGCACGCGUAAGUGAAUAAGAGCGCGCCGCGCAACUCGGCUCUAUCGUACGUACUCUUAAAUGUACGCCUCUGCAAUGGCAACACGACAUACUGAUUUACAUGUAAGUAGUGUCGGACCGAAAUUUUGGUUUCAGUUUCGAUUACGGCAAUUCUCGGCCAAAUAUAAGGAUAUCGGUUUAGUUAAUUUAUAUAACCAUAAUCAUAAGUUUCCAAAAAGUAUUGUUUAAUUAUGAUUAUUAGUACUUUUCGAUAUAACUAAUAUACAAAUUUUAUCAUAAGGGUGUGGAAAUUUAUAAUUACAUGUUUCCAAAAAGUCUUUUUGUGUUUAUUAUACAUGGACACGCGUUACAUAUUCGCUAUUUAGCUAAUUACUAAUGAUAUUGGACAAAAUCUGAGUUGUUGUAACUAAAUAUAAGCGCUAGAUAUAAGAACCAGAAUAAAAUUCGAUGGCAAGAAAAUAAUAUUUCUGUUACUGUCAAAACGUUUAAUCUCCGCGAUGACACCCGAGAAUCAAACUACUACAUGGGCUGAAAAGUCCCGGGAUUUUUAAUGAAAACAAGCG